UUAUAUUGUUUAUUCAACCAACUGUUCCUCUUUAAAUUUAAAUAUGCAGCGAUUCCUGAAGGUGUUCAAUCAGCAAACAUGCAAAGUAAUUGGCAUGAUACACGUGGAUGCGCUGCCAGGAACACCACGAUACACCGGCAACUGGAAGCAAACGAUUGAGAAGGCCAUCUACGAGGCGAAUCUGUACAAGAAACACGAACUGGAUGCCGUUCUCAUAGAGAAUAUGCACGAUAUUCCCUAUGUCCCAGAGCGUCUGCUUGGUGCCGAGAUAGUGGCUUGCAUGACUCGACUGGGACAGGCAGUGCGGGAUGUGAUGCCCAAGGAAACUCCAUGUGGAGUCCAGGUCCUAGCCUGCGGCAACAAACAAGCUCUGGCCAUUGCCAAAGCCAGUCAACUGCAGUUCAUCCGAAGUGAGGGAUUCGUUUUUGGCCACGUGGCGGAUGAAGGUUACACUGACGCCUGCGCCGGGGAUUUGCUGCGGUACCGCAAGCUCAUCGAUGCGGAGGAUGUACUGAUCUUCACCGAUUUGAAGAAGAAACACAGCUCACAUGCCAUAACAGCUGAUGUCAGUCUCUUGGAAACCUCGCAUGCGGCAGAGUUCUUUCUCACCGACGGCAUUAUCAUCACGGGGACAGCAACUGGUCAUGCAGCCAGUCCAGAGGAUCUGCAACAGCUAUCUGGAAAGGUAAAGGUUCCACUGAUCAUUGGCUCCGGGGUGACCAAGGAUAACGUUGACAGUUAUUACAAGGAUGCCCAGGCAGUCAUUAUUGGCUCGCAUUUCAAGCGAAAUGGAAGCUGGCUGGAGGAGAUAAGUGAACAAGCUGUCGACGAUUUCAUGCAAAAGAUCUGCCAGUUACGUCAGUCUAAAUGAUUAGAAUUGUAAAUGAUUUUAUUGAUGUUAAUGUUGUAAGCGAUGAAUAAUGUAUAUGAUUAGGUUUGAAGUCAUCUAAUUCUAGAAUAGAUUUGCAAAGAAAUCAUAAA